GGCAAUUGGCUUCCGAACUGCCAAACAUAAACAUCGAACCUCUCCCAGACUAUCAUUUCAGAAAAUCAAAUCAAUUCAAAUCCAAUCAAAUGGAUUCGUUAGAGGACUGGGAUUCUCUUGUUCAUCGAUUCAUAACUAAAGAUGCCUCUCCAGAUUUAUUCUUACCCAAUCACUGUAGUGACACGGGAAUUGAUGGAAUUGACUCCUCAACUCUUAAUUUUGUAUCUCAAGAAAAUGAAUUUGCAGAGGUGGAUGAUUGGAUACAAAAAGAAACUCCAGAUGCGGAGGGUUCUCGCAAGAGGUCACGCGGUGAAUCAUGCUGCAGACCAGGGACAAAAGCAUGCCGUGAGAGAUUGCGGCGUGAGAAAUUGAAUGAAAGGUUUCUGGAUCUAAGCUCUAUUUUGGAACCUGGGAGACCUGUUAAAACAGAUAAACCAGCAAUAAUUGAUGAUGCUAUCAGAGUUUUGACCCAACUGAGAAAUGAAGCUCAGGAGCUCAAAGAAACAAAUGAAAAGCUACAAGAAGAUAUAAAAGUUUUAAAGGCUGAGAAGAAUGAACUUCGUGAAGAGAAGCUUGUACUGAAGGCAGAAAAAGAAAGGAUGGAGCAACAGCUAAAGCCGAUGACAGUUCCAUCUGCUGGGUUUCUGCCAGCCCACCCAGCGGCAUAUCAUACAGCGGCAAAUAAGAUGGCAGUUUUCCCUGCUUAUAGUUUGGUCCCAAUGUGGCAAUAUUUACCUCCUACUGAAUGCGAUACAUCUAAUGAUCAUGAACUCAGGCCACCUGCAGCCUAGUCUCCAUUCAUUCAUUUUUUUAUCCUUUUAAUUCUUGUAUUGUUUAUCCAGAUGAUUUGUUUCUGUGGCAAUUAAUUCCUGAGGGUUCAGUUUUUGGAACUGUUCUUCAGAACUUUGAUCAACAUCAAUGCUCUCCACAGUAUGGUUGUAAUUGCUGAACCUUAUUGUUCUUUAUGAAAUUAGAAAGAUGGUAUGCAUUCUAACGCAGAUAAGGAUG